CUUCAGCUUCUUACAGACGUUCCAUCGCUAUAACGGCGCCGCCCUUCGCACCGAGAAAAGCGCUAAUCCGCAGGUUAUCAACAGCACAAAAGUCCAAACGUAUCGUGCCCUUAUCUGCGACCAUGCCGGCACUUAAGCUUCGAGAAGCACUAGGAUCCGACGAUCUUCAACUCAACAGACAGGAUACCUUUAUAAAAUUACGGCAACAGCGAAGAAAAGCGCCAACUAGAAGUGGUCGCAUCACGGACCAGAAGUCAGUAGCCAACUUCACCUUUGGCCUCAUUAAUACAGAGCGAGAGGACGGCUUUCUCUGGCUAUGCAAACGACUCGAGGAACUUCGUCAAGACCUUCAUAUACCGGCGCCGACUGUAAUAAUCACAGACAAGGAAAUAGCGCUCAAAAACGCACUCAAGGCCAAGAGCGAAGACGGCGGCAGCAAUGACAAAGCUGACGAUAACAAGCCUGAGGUUACUAAAGGCGACAAAGACCUCCUCAGGGCUCAAGCUUACGCUAACAACGCUGCCGUUAAAGUUAACGAUAACCUCGCCGCCCGCGCCGCCGAGCAAGAGAUUGCUGAGCGUGGCUGCGCUGCCCUGCUGCCCGCCGCCGACCCCCAGUCUCGCAAGGGCAUAUUCCGCACCUGGAACCGGUCGCAAGGAGGAAGGAGGGUAUCUACGGCACGGCUUGCAGCAAUUGCUGCUGCUGUUAAAGAGGCUAAGGACGAGGACGAGGACGAGGACGAGGCUAAGGACUGUAUUAAGGUUAUCCCGGCCACCCAGCCGGGCAACGACGAUGUUAAUAAGCUUGCCGGCAUGUAG